ACUGUACAAAAUAUUUUAAUGUACACAGUUCCUCUUCCUGUUGUCUUUCCUGUUGUCAAAAAAAUAGGAAAUCUUGUGAUUAUACAAUACAACGUAGCUUUCGUUAAAAAUCUCAUGAUCAUUCAAUUGUCUGAUACAUGCGAUUAGAAUAUAAGAUGGAAUCAGGUAUUAAAGGAGCGGAAGAGAUGUGUAGGAGUCGGUCGUCUAUUGCAGCCAGAGAAAACCAUCGAUUGCGUCAUCAACAUGGCAGAGGUCCAUGUAAUAUCUUCAUUUUAGAUACAUCCUCCAGUCUCGGGGAGGAAGGUUUCAGACAAAUGAAGGAAGCGUUUACGGACAUACUUGAUGAGUAUGCAAACCAUCAAAAUAUUGACGAAAACGUAGCAGUUAUAACAUGUGGACGGCAUACAGAAUUUCAACGUUAUUAUUCUAACCAUUACGAAGAUAUCAAACAAGCCCUUGACAAUGUUGAAAUUGGAGGGCCUUCACCAUUAACAGUUGCUAUGUACCUGUCCCUUGAAAGUUUGAAACGUGAUGUCAGUCAUUCGUACGUAAUGGGAAGUUUUCAUAUUCACCCAAGAAUAAUUCUCAUAUCAGAUGGAAGGCCAACAGAUUUCACAGAGUCGAUUUCUGAUGACUGUCCUUCAAAUGAAACGGAAAGAGAUGCGUCUCAUUUAUCAGACAUUACAAGGCACAUAGGAAAAAAACAUCCAAUAUUUUGUAUUCCGGUAGGAAGGAACCCUGAUCUGAGAUUGUUAGAAUUCAUUAGUGCCCAGUCACGGGGAGGAAAGAUGAUCAAUUUCAGAGAAUCUAAACAAUUUGCUAAAUACUCUCUGAAUACCAAAAUUGCUUCGAACUUGUCGUUUACAAUGGAGAAUGACGGUAAUGACCGAGAAAGAAUUCUGACGUCACUUGUGUGUACAUUUCCGGAAAAAGUGUUUACCGAGAUGGACCUUAAUGACAUAUAUGAAAUCUGCUCAAAAAAGUUCUUGUACCAACCGAUCGAUGAAAACACUCAAGAAGAGAAAGAUGCUUAUGAGGAAAGAGACCCGCGAAUGCCCUCCCUGGGUUCCCGAGUCAAACGUGGUCGAGACUGGAGAUAUCCUGAUCAAGAUAAGUUUGGUCCUGGAACGGUGAUAGGACAUUCCAAGAGAGAUGGAUGGUUAAAUGUCGAAUGGGACACAGGUUCUAUACAUAAGUAUAGAUAUGGGUCAACAGGUUUAAAGCCGGACAAAUUUGAUGUACAAGUCUGCAACGAACCACGGAUUUUAAAUGAUGAACUGAUUGCAACAGGCUGCAAUGUCACAAGAGGUCCAGAUUGGGUUUGGAAUGACCAGGACGGUGGUACCGGAAAUAUCGGAUCAGUUCUUCGUGUUGGAAGAGAUGGGAUAGUCCUUGUGCAGUGGGAAAAUGGAAGAAGAGGGACAUAUAGAUUUGGAAAUUAUGGCUUCUUUGAUCUAAAACUGUGUGAUCCAUUCUCCCCAGAAGUCACAAGGUAUCAUCUCAAGAAAGCUGCGCUGACUUCUUCUGUUGAAACUGAGCCAUGUACGAAAGAGGAUCAGGGUUUAGCGUCAAAAUCAUCGAAUGAUAAAACUGUUGAAAAGACAAAGAAGCCUAUACUACAUGUAGCCAAAGGAAAGUAUUUCAGAAAUGACAUAGUGAGUAACAAACCAUCAGAUAUUGAUACCGAUGGGCCAACUUAUCCAUGUACAAGGAAUCAGUGGCUCUGGAAAGAUGACAACGGACAAUGGAAUCAAUAUUCGAGAGAAGUGAAUGCAAGAAUUAAUCAAUCUUACAAACGUGAUCAAAACUCAAGUGUUAUUGUUACCAUCCAAGAUAAAGGGGUUGUGAUGGCUAAAAGUAAACAGAUAAACCUUGCGACAAGAGAGAUAGCUGAAGUGAAAUUGUUGAAAAACGACUCGUCUCCGUGAAAAACAUGGGCAACAAUGUUAAAAACAUGUGGCUUAGUUUGAUUAUUAAAACUAUGCAAUCUUAUACCGUUAUAUUCGAUGUCGUUUCUUUUCUCUUUAAUCGGAGUUCCAAGAAUCAUAUGGUACUUUUUUAUCAUAUUAGAAGUUUCAAAACGCAAAAUAUGAUGUUGGAGAAAAUGUUGCAUAGCGCCUCUGAGUACAAUAUUACAUUGAUUUAUUCAGAAAGUUGAUGUGUGUUCGGUAUUGAUAUCGAAUUAAAGAUUUUUUUAUUAAUCAUUAUUAUCUAUAUGUUUUAGAAAAAUUGAUGUGUCGUUAAUUGGUUCAAUUCUGCUUUGUAUGUUGAAUUAAUAGGCAUUUCAUCUAAGUGUGUAUUUGGUAUCUGAACACAUUAUGGACGUGACAGAGUGGUUGUUGGCUUUAAUGAUAGCAUUUUAAAGAUGUAAAAGUUUUCAUACACCAUAUUCAUCUUUAAUUUAUAGAAAAACUACUGGAAUGUAAUUUAAGAAUAAUUAAAUGUAGACAGUUUUGUUUAAUUAUUCAGACGAAUUAUUAUUCCAAUAUUGUAAAAUAGGCAAACAUACCUGCCAAAAACACGUCAAUUUAUUCUUUUUUCCUAUGUUUCAAAGGUAUUCUGAUCUCAUUCUUUUGUCAGAUUUUAAGGAAAUUCAUUUUGCACAUUUUGACAUACAUUGAAAUAGUUUUUGUGAACACAUUAGUGAAAUUUAGUUUUUCAAACACAUCAUAAACAUAUUCUUUCGAUUUCUUCUACAUAUCAUUUGCAAAAUGCAAGCUGAAAAUCUUACUUUGGAUUGUUGACAACUUUUCUGAGGAACUUAAGUAAACUAUGCCAGUACAAUUGCAAAAUUCUGAACAAAUGAAUUCAGAUAUUUUCAAUAUCGUUGAAGGGAAGGUGUUUUAAUUCUUUAAAAUAUGUUGGUUUUCAAUAAAAACAUAAAGCGAAAAACAUGACAUAGCUUUUGCCAUUUAUAUAACAUAUUUUUAGUAAUUACUUUGUUCAAUUUUUUGUUUCAAUUUGUUCAAUGUUUACUAUAGUUCGUCAAUUGGAAAGGGAUUUGGGUUGACUCAAUAAUUCACAAACAACCACCGUAUUUAAGGUUUCUUUUAAGUCCUUUAUUUAGGAUUAUUUAUCAUUUAAAAAAGAUAUUUAAAAUAGCAAGUAAUGAUAUGCAAGUAGUUGAUUAAAACUGUAUUAAAAGGCACAUUGUAAAAGUGGCUAUUGGUCGGCACAAAAGACAAUUGCAAAAAUACAUAAAAAGCAACAAUUGUCAUGAUAACCACCUCGGA